UUUUAUACAUCAAAAUAAAGAUAAAAAUGACAAGAAAAUUAUUGUUCAAACCCUUUAAUUCUAUAUAAGUUUUCAAAGAUCUCGAAAUUCUUAAAGCUAUUUUAGUGUAAUGGUUAAGGUUAUGUAGGUGAGUUAUAUGAUACUACAGUGUAAACAAGUAAAUGUUUCUAUAAAGUUAUGAAGAUUUCCUAUAAGUUAACAAUUUCAAAACUAAGCAGUUGAUACAAUUUGAUAUUCCUGAGUCGGAAAUUUCCGCAAUCUUAAACGUUUUUAUUUAUUUAUUUAACUAGCUAGAGUUUUGUGCUCACAUGCUUGCCUCCACUACAACGAUACUUGUAGAAAAUUAUUAAUUUAUUAUUGCCAAUGUAAAGUAACAAACACAAAGGGCCUGAAUCUCAUUUGAUUCUCUGAAGAUAUUGCUGUAAAUACCAUAGUAACCAUACAUUGGAUCUAGUCUAGUACUAGGGCAUGUUGUAAUUUUAUCUGUUACAUUUACGAUCUGUUAGGGUUGUUUUUUUGGCUACUAACUCUACUAUAACAUGAUGUGGAUAGAUAACGCUUUGUUUGGAAUAAUCACAUAACGUCAGUCUAGAAAAUCUUAUGAUAGGUGUUUGAGAUGUAAUCGGUCUAGAACCGCGAUGUUACCAAACUUGUACUACCAGUACCACGUUAUUACUUUCUCUAAUAUUCUGUAUUUUCAUCAAAAUUAUCAAGUUUUUUUUUAUCACACCUUGAUCUUGUAGUUUCUUACAUGUUUUUUUUGUAGUUUCUUACUUCAAUAAACAUACAUCUUAUAAUUAACUCUUUGCGAAUUUGCGAUGUAUGCGGUCUAUAAACACAUUAUCAUCAAUAUUUAACCGUUACCUAUGUCUUGCUUUAUAGUAAAACUGUAUUGUAAUGUUACCAAGAUCUUUGACGUCACCAAUUAACUUGAAAGGACAGGGAGGGUACAAUAAAGUAGAAAAAGGGAAAAGAGAAGCAAGGAGGAAAGCUGUGUUCACACAUGUGACACUUCUUUGCUAUGCCUUGAAGAAUCAGACAACGCUUGUGGAACGUAGAGACUUUGAUCCCAAUACCACUCCUUAAUGUAUGCCCAUCCUAUCAUUAUUUCACAACGCAUAUUAACUAAUGUCUAAAAGUUAUUUCCUUGAAAUGCUAUAUUAUAAAUAAUAUAUAUGGGUUCUAAUAAUAUAUGCCGGUGAUUUGUUUUCCCUCCAUAUUGCAACAAAUUUUAAUAUGCCACAUCCAGGGGAGAAUAUGCAUUUUAUAAAAAUGUAUAGACUAAAAUAAAGAACUUUUUAAGCAAAAAGAUAAAAAUUUCAAAAAGCACAAUACUCAAUAAAUUGGAUUAAAAAAUGUUACUAUCAUAUUUUCACAUACAAGAAAUUCUAACAAGUUCUAAUAAUACUCUAACCAAAAUCAAAAGGUACAAUAACACAAGUAAUAAAAACUUAUGAUCAAAAGCAGGGAAAAAGAAAUUCAAAUUUAAUGCAAAGUUAACCUCCCAAUAAAUUGGAUUUUCGAAGGAAGUAAUAUUCACUUGGAAACUUUUAGGACUAGCUCGAAUUCUUGUUAGUGCAAAACACCUCUAAUGACGCUUGUCUGAAAGUUGCAAUUGUAUUCAGAUUUAAAUAUUUAAACCCUAAUCUUAUUUAUUCUAGCGCUGAACCAAAUUUUAAACGUACGCUAAACACUAUUUGUAAAAUAAUUUUGACUCUAUACAAUCAUUUUCACUAAACAAAUGUAACAUGUCAUACUAUAACGAUGACAUGAUUUAUGGAUAAGUGUUAUAAAAAAAAAACUCUAAAUCCAAUGGACAUGCAUAAAUCAAAGCAUACCGCUAACCAGUGCAAAACAUAUUGGAUUACACCUUAAGACUAUGAAUCAGAGCGGUUCAAUUUCUCCCGGUUUAUAUUUUUCUUAUUGAUCCCGGUUUAGAAGCUUACUCCAAACCCGGUUAAUAGUUAAAAUUAAAAUCCAUAAUCCGUUUAGGUUUAACUUAGUCGGUUGACGCAAAUCUACUUUUCCUUCGCGUACGACUUCUCUUAACUGAAUCGGACGACGUCGGAAUCAAUGAGCCUCUCCGCCGCCGUCAAAGCCAAGAACUCUACUCUAAUCUCUUUGAUGCGACUAUCCUCCUUUUCUUCCGCCACUUCAUCAACAGUCUCCUUGAAACCAAGCGGGCGGUUACAGCAAACUCUCGCGGCGUCUGUGGAAGUGAACGGUAAGGCUCUGCAUUCCGGUAAGCUCUCGACGGUGAAGCUACUUCCGGCGAUCGCGGGAGCUGGGAGGUACUUCGAGUUUCGUUCGAGAUCAAUCCCGGCGUCGAUUGAGUUUGCGCAGGAGUCGCCUCUCUGCACAACGCUGUUGAAAGACGGUCUCAGGAUCCGAACCGUCGAGCACUUGUUAUCAGCUCUUGAGGCUAAGGGCGUUGAUAACUGCAGAAUUCAAAUCGAGAGCGAGAGUCCAGAUGAUCGGGAAGUCGAGGUCCCUAUUUGUGAUGGAUCAGCUAAAGAAUGGGUCGAUGCGAUCGAAGAAGCUGGCAUAAACGUAGCUCAAAACCAUGGUGGGGAAAAUGUGGAGAAGAUGGUAGCACAUGUGAACAAGCCUGUCUACGUUUGCAAGAACGAUUCUUUUGUAGCUGUGUUCCCUGAUUUAGAGACUCGCAUUACUUGUGGUAUCGACUUCCCACAGGUGCCUGCCAUAGGCUGCCAGUGGUUUUCUUGGAAGCCUGAACAUGACUCUUCCUUUGCAAAAGAUAUUGCACCGUCUAGAACGUUUUGUGUCUACGAAGAGGUGGAGAGAAUGCGUGAAGCAGGGCUUAUUAAAGGAGGUUCUCUGGAUAAUGCAAUCGUUUGUAGCGCCGAGCAUGGAUGGAUGAACCCUCCCCUGCGGUUUGAUAACGAAGCAUGUCGACAUAAGAUCUUGGACCUUAUCGGCGACCUGUCUCUUGUGGCACAGGGCGGAAAUGGUGGAUUCCCUGUGGCUCACGUCGUCGCGUUUAAGGCGGGUCAUGCACUGCACACUGAGUUGGCACGUCAUCUUACCAUCGACUGAGAAGAGUAUGCUCGUUGCCUACCACAUUCCGCAGAAGAUUUUGAUCCUCUUUUUGUUUUGUUUCUUUACCCAAAGACACUACCAAUAAGUGAAUUUUUGGUUUUGCCCAAAUCGAGUUUUAUUACUCUUAAGGUUUGGAUGAUUUAGUUUUGGAUGAUUAGAAUAUUACUGAUAUUAGAAUAUUCAGAUGAUUAGAGUUCAAGAAUGGAGGUCCGUCUCAUCUUGUUGUGAUUGUUGUACUAGUGUUCCUGUCUUUGUGUUGAUAUUUUUUUCUGCUCUCAUUAUGUCUCGGUGUCA